AUGUCUUUCUUCAGCUACAUCUAUCUCAGACUCGCAAUCCUUAUCCUACGAGGCUUAGUCAAACUCCGAGCAAACAUCAACCCAUCCUAUGAUUACAUUCAACACAUCCCAUCCCGAGACGGAGGUCGAAGCAUAACAGCCCAUGCAUAUCAUCAACCAAGGAGCGAGAGCGGGAAGUUCAAACCCAGUCCGGUAUUGAUCAAUUUCUUCGGAUGUGGCUAUACACUCCCCGUCCACGGAAACUCUUCCCAAUUCUGCCGCGAGAUUAGCCAGAAAACGGGCUGCAUUGUCCUAGACGUAUCAUACAGACUGGCACCAGAGAAUCCAUUCCCAGCCCAGCUGCACGACGCGGAAGAUGUUAUUAAUUGGGUCCUAGCCCACCCAGACAUGUUUGAUCCAUCUCAGAUAUCAUUGUCCGGGUUUAGUUCUGGAGGAAAUCUUGCUCUUUCGAUCGUGUCCUCGAAAUACACACCUGAGACCUUUCAUUCUGUGAUUGCGGUUUAUCCUGGCGUUGAGUCCUACCGUGAUCCCGGGACAUUGGUUGCGCCACAGCCGGGUGGGAGGCCUAUGCCUCCGUUUAUAUUGCGGGUGUUCUAUGGGUGUUGGAUUCCGGAUGGUAUUGAUAUGAGGGAUCCGAGGAUUUCGCCUGGUCUUGCUGAUGCGGAGAGAUUUCCGAGGAAUGUUUUGAUUAUUACGGCGGGGCAAGAUAGCCUGGCUGAGGAAGCUGAGAGGCUUGCGGAGAAGCUUAGGGUGGAUCCUGGGCGGAAUGUUGUUGCUGAGAGGAUGGAUAGGUGUGAUCAUGGGUGGGAUCAGAAAGCGGUGCCCGGGACGAGGGAUUGGGAUUUGAAGUGUAAGGCAUAUGAAAUGUCUGUGGAGAUGAUAGGGACUGAGUACUUGAGAGAAGGAAGAAGUUCUAAUUCAUAA